CUGACAGCAAUCACGCUAACAUUAGCAUUUUUGCUAAUUUUAGCCGAUACACUUACUUUAUCAUACUGAAUGGUGCAAGUGCAUGUUAGUCAACAAUCUUGUCAAUCUCCUCAUGCUAUUGACUACGUUACAGCUUUCUUUAGCAUUGAUGCUAAUUUCUAGCAUCAGAACGCCGGGCCCAAACUGACGGGCACACUUUGGCAGGCCCCGGUUAAAUUUCUUCAGGAAUGUUCUAGUUAAGGACUUAUCAUUUACACCAUAAACAUUUUAUUCAAACACCACAUUGUUGCAGAUUUUUAGUACAUGUGCUACAUUUAAUUUUUUUCUCCAUCUAAAAUUUGUUCAUCGAAAAUGUACCCAAAAAGCAACAAAAUAAUCAGCUUGUGUCGUUGGGAAAGUUUGAUUGCAAUCUGUAACAAUUUCUGACUUCAAGGUCUAAACUUUUGCUUUAUAAGCACAAGACUCACUCACACCACACAGUAGGACAGAGGACAUUAGUCAGCUAAUGAUGGAUCUGAAAUUGUGGCUCUCAAUUCUGAUGGUUUGUGCGAUGGCUGAAUCUCAAAUCUUGCGCAAGGACUGGCUCAUAGAUGUGCCAUCCAGAAUCCCUGUUCUUCAAGGCUCAUGUGUGGUCAUUCCCUGUGUUUACUUGUAUCCCGAGACAAAAAAAAUAUUGAACAGAUGGCGGGGAUUCUGGAAGAGAAGGGGCACGAUUGUUGCAUCAAAUUUCCUCAAUUUGAGACUAACGGAUGAGUUCCACAUGCGAUCCAGAAUUACAGGAACCCUUCAAAGCGGCAACUGCACCUGGCAGCUGUAUGGCGUCAGAGAAACUGACACUGGUCCGUUUUACUUCAGAAUUGAAAUUCCACAACAUAAAAGCUUCACUUUCUCAAAAAAUACGGUGACCCUCAAUGUCUUCCGAGUUCCUGAUCCUCCCACCAUGUCUGUUGCAGUCCAAGAUGAAGUGACUGCCACCUGCAAAGUUACUCAUGUCUGUCCAUCAUCUCCUCCCAAAUUCUCCUGGAGCCACUCUGGAAUAAGGAAAACAAAGUCAAAAAAGGAAAAUAAAUGGUUGUGGUCAACAACGUCGACCCUCACCUUUACCCCUCAAGAAGCCGACUUCAACAAGCCUUUAAAAUGUACGGUGACAUUCCCUUUCAGGAAGACUACAGUGGGCUCUGUGCUUCUCAUCAAGAAGAGUACCAAGUGAGUCUAAAUAUGGAGUACUAGAUUAGAGCAAUAUUUUUAGAGCUAUCUGCCAUGAUGGCAAAUGAUUUUGCAGAAAAAGGCCUGAAAUAGUAAAACUACAAAAAA